AUUACCUGUCUUCAUAAUCUCUAUCAUCUCUUUACAUUUCCCUACAACAAUUAUCUAUCUUUUUAAUCAAAAUAUGGCAAUGAAUGGUUUAGCCAAGAUGGCUGCAAUUGCUCUUCUCCUAGUCAUGGCCGUCGUCCCAGCCGCAGUCGCUGUGACGUACACGGUUGGAGACGCAAGUGGAUGGGAAAGUGGUGUGGACUACACAGCUUGGGUUACCGGAAAAAAUUUCAGAGUUGGUGACAAACUCGAGUUCAAGUAUGGUCCUUCACACUCAGUGAACGAGGUGAACAAAGCCGGUUACGAUAGCUGUGGAGGCACACCGAUCGAUACUCACACCGACGGAGACACCAAAAUCGAUCUCGAGACAGUAGGAACAAAGUAUUUCAUCUGCCCUACCGCUGGUCACUGUCUAGGUGGCAUGAAGCUAGCCGUUACUGUCGUAGCCGCAUCUGCCGGACCUCCGACCACUCCUUCGCCCCCGUCUACGACUCCAGGAACCCCUACCAAACCGGGCACACCACCGGCUGCCGGAACACCCACCACACCUGAAGCAGGGUCAACUUCUCCUCCUCCACCAAAGCCAAGUGCUGCGUCUAAGGGAGUGAUGAGCUACGUUUUGGUCGGAGUCUCGAUGGUUUUGGGCUAUGGUUUGUGGAUGUAAUUGGUUUAGAGAGAGCCAGGGUGGAGUCAGUGCUUUUUUACUUUUUUAUUUAUUUGGUUUUGGUUUGUAACUCUUUGUAAGAGAAUUUGGAGUUUGUGUGCCACGUCAGAAAGCUCUUCAUUGUUCGUAGGAUUUUAUUAUUUGGCAUUUUGAUUAUCGUUAUCAUGAUCAUCACAUUCACUUCUUCUCUUGUUGUAAUAAAAUUAUUAUUAUUUUCCAUUUUCUUUUAUACA